UGACAUGACUAGGGACUAAAUAUUCUUAAGGUCAAGAUUUAAGAUGCUCGGUAAUAGAGCACGACUCCGCGCGGCGCGGGGGUGGAGCGCGCUGUGAUGUGAGCGCGCGCUCAGAAAUUCUACAGCAGUCUACACAGCUCUGGCAUUACACAUAAAGCACGUCCAGCAAUGCUUAGCAAUCAGCAUCAUCUAUCUAACACCACCUGCCACCAAACCGUGAGCAGCCAUUCAGUACGUCAGGACAUGAACUCCUCAGAGUGGCCCGCACUUCCUCCGAACUCGUCUUUCAGUCACACAAACCACAGCAAUGAGUCAAGCAGGUCCAAGUCGAGUGCUCCAGCCGCCUGUGAGCAGGUACUCAUCGCACCUGAGGUCUUCCUUACACUGGGCCUCAUCAGCCUGCUCGAAAACAUCCUGGUCAUCCUUGCCAUUGUGAAGAACAAGAACCUCCACUCGCCCAUGUACUUCUUCGUCUGCAGUCUGGCAGUGGCCGACAUGUUAGUGAGCGUGUCCAACGCAUGGGAAACAAUAGUCAUCCACCUGCUGGCAAACAGGAGCUUGGUGAUUGAGGAUCACUUCAUCCGUCAGAUGGAUAACGUCUUCGAUUCUCUCAUCUGUAUCUCCGUGGUGGCGUCUAUGUGGAGCCUGUUAGCGAUCGCGGUGGAUCGCUACGUGACUAUCUUCUAUGCUCUGCGUUAUCAUAAUAUAAUGACCGUAUGGCGAGCUGGGAUUCUCAUCGGCAGCAUCUGGAUCUUCUCCACAGGAUGUGGGAUCAUCUUCAUCAUCUACUCUGACACGAAGCCUGUGGUGGUGUGCCUGGUGGCCAUGUUCUUUGCCAUGCUGCUGCUGAUGGCGUCGCUCUACAGCCACAUGUUCCUGCUGGCCCGUUCGCAUGUCAAACGCAUGGCGUCAUUGCCGGGCUAUAACGCCAACAUCAGGCAGAGAGCUAGCAUGAAGGGUGCCGUCACCCUCACCAUACUACUGGGCAUCUUUAUCGUGUGCUGGGCGCCAUUUUUUCUCCAUCUCAUCCUCAUGAUCUCCUGCCCGCGGAACAUUUACUGCGUCUGCUUCAUGUCACACUUUAACAUGUACCUGAUACUCAUCAUGUGUAACUCUGUGAUUGACCCACUGAUCUAUGCGCUCAGGAGCCAAGAGAUGAGAAAGACCUUUAAAGAGAUCUUCUGCUGUGACGGACUACGAAGCCUCUGGAACCUGGUCAGCAAAUAUUGAGCAGGAUUCCUAGAAGAACCUUUAAGGAUGAACUGAUGGAUGAAUGUGUGUAUAGAUGGAUGGAUGGAUCGGUGCAUAAUUGCAGUGGAGGAGGGGUUGAAGGUAAAGAGCCUGAACCCUUUAAUAAGGAACAGUAUAUAUUAUUUGUACAAGCUUUUCCAUGCACAGUACCUCAUCAUGUGAAAUGUUUUAAUGUUGCAGUGGAUGUUUUAUGUUGUGUUUUUGUAAAGUACUGAAGUGUUCAUAAUGUGACAUUGUUAUGUAUAUAUUUAUAAGAAUUACAUCUUCCAGUUGUCAGGGCAAUGCAUUUUGUGCACAAAUACAGCUUUAAUAUUAAUCUGUAGAAUAGAUAUGUG